ACAAACGAGUGAAUUAUUAAAAUAAUUGUCUAAUUUAAUGCAUUUUGUUUAUAUGUGAAUCAUGUCUUCGAUCGUUGAAAACCAUCAAAGUGAUUUUGUCUGACAGAACUAUAUUCUUCAGAACUACACUCUUGACACGGUUGAGAGUACAUUAAAACUUUAUUGACAAGCUCAAUUAGUCGGUUUAUUUAAUAAUAUUCUCGAAGCGAACAACUUUACUCGAAAUUUUUUCAAAAAAGCAUUCAAAAUGACGUCACCAGCUGGACGCUCUGUCAAAUGAGACACCUGGAGUUCGAACAUCGAAUUCACUUGUCAUCAGUGGGCUUCUGCGUGGGCUAUGGAAAUGUAUGGCGCUUCCCCUACAAACUGUUCUCAAAUGGGGGAGGGGCAUUCCUUAUUCCCUACUCAAUCAUGUUGGUGUUUGUCGGGAUUCCUUGUGUUUAUAUGGAGCAAGCUAUGGGACAGUUCAGCAGUCUAGCAUUCAAAAUGACGUCACCAGCUGGACGCUCUGUCAAACGAGACACGUGGAGUUCGAACAUCGAGUUCAUCCUGUCAGCAGUAGGCUUCUGCGUGGGCUAUGGAAAUGUAUGGCGCUUCCCCUACAAACUUUUCUCAAAUGGGGGCGGGGCUUUUCUUAUUCCCUACUCAAUCAUGUUGGUGUUUGUCGGGAUUCCUUGUGUUUAUAUGGAGCAAGCUAUGGGACAGUUCAGCAGUCUAGGUUGUCUCUCCCUGUGGAAGCUGUGUCCCCUUUUUAAGGGAGUCGGCUACUCGGCCUUCGUGGUCAACAUCUUCGGCUACAUCUACUACAACAUCAUACUCGGGUGGGUUGUCUACUUUCUACUCGUAUCAGUCACAACUGCAUCGCUGCCGUGGACUACCUGUGACAAUCCUUGGAACUCUCAGUUCUGCAGUGAGCCGGUUAAUGAGUGCAGAUUGCGGAACGGACAAAUGCACGGAUUUGUAUGCUUGACCGGCAACGACACCUAUUCACACCAGAACAAAAUUCAGUCGCCAGAUGAAGUGUGGAACUCGCCGGCCGAGGAGUUCUGGAACAACCAAGUCCUCCAGAAGAGUGAGAGCAUCGAAGACCAAGGGGGUGUGAUGAUUCCCCAGUUUGCGGCAUUUGUGCUCUCUCAAGCUAUAGUUUACCUUAUGGUCAUGAAAGGAACGAAAUCAAUUGGCAAAGUGAUUUACGUUACUGUACUAGCACCUUACAUUAUUCUGAUGAUUCUCUUGAUCCGAGGACUCACAUUACCCGGAAUGAGUGACGGAAUCGCUUUUUAUCUUCGACCAGACUUCAAGAAACUCAAAGAGAUCUCCGUUUGGACUGGAGCGGCAAAUCAGGUGAUCAGUUCUCUGGCACUGAGCAAUGGUCUCAACCAGACACUGGCCAGUUUGAAGAAGUUUGGGGAGAACUGUGAAAAGGAUUCUCUCAUCGUAGCUCUUGUGAACUCUUUGACGAGUGUGUUCGCUGGAUUUGCAGUCUUCUCCAUUCUGGGUUUCCUGGCGCACCAGAUGGACACUACAGUCCCGAAAGCAGUGGAGAGUGGACUGGGACUGGCCUUCAUCGCAUACCCGAAUGCAGUGGCUGAAAUGCCAGCCUCUCCUGUUUGGGCGGUGUUGUUUUUCCUGAUGAUGGCCAAUGUGGGAGUGGACAGUGUCUUUUCUGGGGUGGAAGUGAAGAGUGUCAACAUCAUAGACGAGUUCGGAGUCUCUCUCGCUCCCUACAAGAAGUUCAUCUCAUUUGCAAUUGUAGUCGCAUCCUGUUUGAUAUCAAUGCCACUUGUCACACCUCAAGGCACCUACUGGUUCUUCCUGCUGGACUGGUACGUCACUCUCUACCCAUUCUUCCUCAUCCAGGCACUGCAGAUGAUAGUAGUCGUCUAUGUCUACGGACUCAGACGGUUCUCCAUUGACAUCGAGACGAUGACUGGUCGUGCAGUGAGUGUGUACUGGAAGUUCUGCUGGUGCUUCUCAGCCCCUCUCGUCCUCCUCACUCUCCUAGUCUCUGACGUCAUCAACUACAGUGACGUCACUCUUGGGACAUACAAGUUCCCCUCUUGGUGCAAAGUAUUCGGGGCAGCUAUCAUGGCCACAGAGCUAUUGCCAAUUCCACUCUAUGCGGUGUUUAAAAUCUGCGCCACGAAAGCGCCAACUUUGAAAGAGAGAAUCACGCGGAACCUCAGACCAGCUGCCGACUGGGGUCCAGCUGAUGACUCAGACAGGAGACGCAACAACGAGCUGAUCAGAGAAAAACUAGGAGAACAAUUCAUUACAGACGGCCAAAAAUCGAGUUUAAAACUGUCUUUGUAA